UAUUAUUUGGUUUAAUAUUUUAAUGGGUUGAAGUUUUGGGGUGUUUUUGCUCGUUUGGUUUAUUUGUGAGACCUUAAUUGUUUUUUAUCACUCCUGGAGUGAAUGCCUGGGGGAAAUGAUUUGACUCUGCUGAUUUAGAGAGUCUGCAAUAUUCACCAACUAACGCCUGUAAAUGCCCCAAAAUGCCCAACCACUGUGUAGCAUAUGGGUGUAGAAAGUCAUACCGGGACAAUGUUAGUAUGUUCAGAUUUCCCAAGGACCGUGGUGAGUUCCUGAAAUGGGAAAAGCAGGUACAAAGAACUCGCCACAAAUGGGUGGCCAAGAGCUUUUCUUUCUUGUGCUCUGAACACUUUAGCAAGGACUGUUUUGAACCCAGACCCAACAUUGUCGCCAAGACCAUGGGUUCAAAAGGACUUAAGCUGAAGGAAGGUGCCAUUCCAACUAUUUUUAUCCGACCACCUUGCACUAAGUGUGGUGGUCGUGGUCCCCCCUGUGCAGCAUGCAGUCCAAAGGGGAAGAAGCCAAGUGUGAGCACAGAGUAUCAGAAGCAGGAUUCGGAAGGUUGGCCUCCUGUGAAUACAGACUUGGAUGCUGCAGAGAAAGAGAAUGAAGCAAAGGACAAAGAACACAAUGAACAGCUUCCAUCUGAUGAAGAUGGGCAUAUAAGUCCCACAUUUGCCCCGCUCUCUCCUGUGGAAUACGCUGAUGAUCCUGCGGUUUGUGAGAUGUGUGGGAUUUCUGGAACCCGUGGAAAUUUUUACUCUAGAUCCAAGCGCUUCUGCAGUCCGUCCUGCUCCCGCUCCUUUUCCUCAAACUCCAAAAAAUCCUCUAUAAUGGCACGCUUACAGGGAAGGCAUCUUCGGAAACCUAAUGCAGCACAGAACAAUGCCUCUCAGGCUGAAGUGACCGAACGUCACCAUGGCAGUACAGCUGUUAGGAAAGAUGCCUCUUCUGGAUUUAACUGGGAAUGUUACCUUGAGAAACAUGGCUGCCUCGCUGCCCCGGUGUCUUGCUUCAGACAUGUACCACUCUGUGCUCAGUGGGAGGACAUUGAGGUGGGAUUGCAAGUAGAGGUCCUGAAUACUCGCACUACUUUGCUGACCAAGGUCUACUGGAUUGCCACCAUCAUUCGACUUGCUGGUUACAUGGCCCUGUUACGAUACAUAGGAUUUGAAAAUGAUGAUCGUCAUGAUUUUUGGUGUAAUCUGGGUAUCGCUGAUGUCCAUCCUAUUGGCUGGUGUGCUGUGAACAGUAAACUACUUGUUCCUCCUAAGGAGAUCAACAAACAUAUAAGUGAUUGGAAAUCAUACUUGAUGGAAAGACUUGUAGGAGCGUCUACAAUACCUGUGGAUUUUCAUGUUAUGAUGACGGAUAGUAUGAAGUGUCCCUUCAGGCAUGGGGUCCGUGUAGAAGUAGUGGAUCGCUCUCUGGUUAGCCGAACCCGUACGGCAGUGGUAGCCACUGUGAUUGGGGGGCGUCUGAGGCUUAUAUACGAAGAUGCAGGGUUUGGAUCCUCAGGAGAGGUGCUCUCAGAUUUCUGGUGUCACAUGUUGAGCCCUCUCAUACACCCCAUAAACUGGUCAGUUAGAGUGGGGCACAUCAUUAAGGAGACAGAUAAGUCUGUCGAUAUGAGCAGUCAUCCAGCAUUCCGUAAGGUUUUCUGUGAUAGUGUGCCCGGUCAAUUCAAAAAGUUAAGGACUGUUUAUAUGGAAGGAGGGUUUUUCACAGCGGGCAUGAAACUGGAGGCCAUCGAUCCUCUGAAUCUGGGGAACAUCUGUGUAGCUACAGUUCGAAAGGUUCUCCUUGAUGGCUAUCUCAUGGUCAGUAUUGAUGGAGUGGAGAUUGGAGAUGGCUCAGAUUGGUUUUGCUACCAUGCUAGCUCACAUGCCAUCUUACCCACAGGAUAUUGCCAAAGCAAUGACAUAACCCUCACUCUACCCCCCGGAUACAAUCAGGCAACGUUCACAUGGGCCAAAUAUUUGGAGGAAACAGGAGCAGAGGCUGCUCCACGUCGACUCUUUAACACUGAUGCUGUACAGCAUGGCUUUGUCCCAGGCAUGAAGCUGGAGGCAGUGGACCUAAUGGAGCCGCGGCUGGUGUGUGUGGCCACUGUGCAACGCUCUGUGGGUCGCCUGCUUCUGCUGCACUUUGAUGGCUGGGAGUCAGAGUUUGAUCAGUGGGUGGACUGUGAAUCCCCUGAUAUCUACCCCGUGGGCUGGUGUGAGCUCACUGGAUAUCAACUUCAGCCCCCCAUUGGCCCAGAACCACAGGAACGUACAAGCAAAAAAUCUGCAGGUAGAAAGAAGAGAAGAUAUGUGAAGAAAAAAACAAGUGAUGAUGCAUCAAAAACCUCAGCCCUUCAACAAGACGAACAUCUCCAGUCAGAUAAUCAGCCUGUACCUACUCAUCCCCAAGACAUGUCAGCUCUACCUGCAGAUAUGCCCAUGGAGCCGGUGAACAUGCCAAUCAUAACUCUAAAAACCGAGCCAGAGGAAGAGAUUAUUUCCUUUAAAGUGAAAGUGGAGGAGAUGGAGAUGGAGACACCUAUCAAUCCUGACUUUGAUGGCAAUGAAAGCAGUGGAUUCCACACCCCUCCACCUUCUUUACUGAAAGAAGAAAGUCCAGAGUGAAUCACUAG